CCACAACCGCUGGGCAUCUCUCCCAGGGCCCCGUGGACUGCUGCUGGCUUUCGGCUGAUACCCUAGAGAUGCAGCGGCUUUUGGCUCCAGCAAGGAGGGUCCUGCAAGUCAAGAGAGUGCUGCAGGAAGCUUCUCUCACCCCUGCUCACCCGCUCUCAGCAGCCCAGCAGAGGUUUUUUACAAUCCCCCCUGCUCCCUUGGCCAAAACAGACACUUGGCCAAAAGAUGUGGGCAUCCUUGCUCUGGAGGUCUACUUUCCAGCCCAGUAUGUGGACCAAACGGACCUGGAGAAGUUCAACAACGUGGAAGCAGGGAAGUAUACGGUGGGCUUGGGCCAGACCCGCAUGGGCUUCUGUUCAGUCCAGGAAGACAUCAACUCCCUGUGUCUGACCGUGGUGCAGAGGCUGAUGGAGCGCACAAAGCUGCCAUGGGAUGCUGUGGGCCGCCUGGAAGUGGGCACCGAGACCAUCAUUGACAAGUCCAAGGCUGUCAAAACGGUGCUCAUGGAACUCUUCCAGGAUUCAGGCAACACUGACAUCGAGGGCAUCGACACCACCAAUGCCUGCUACGGCGGCACCGCCUCCCUCUUCAAUGCCGCCAACUGGAUGGAGUCCAGCUACUGGGAUGGUCGCUAUGCCCUGGUGGUCUGUGGUGAUAUUGCCGUCUACCCAAGUGGUAACGCCCGGCCCACGGGUGGCGCUGGGGCCGUGGCAAUGCUGAUUGGGCCCAAGGCCCCUCUAGUCCUGGAGCAAGGGCUGAGGGGAACCCACAUGGAGAACGCAUAUGACUUCUACAAACCCAACUUGGCCUCCGAGUACCCGCUGGUGGAUGGGAAGCUCUCCAUCCAGUGCUACUUUCGGGCUUUGGAUCGAUGCUACGCAGCCUACCGCAAGAAAAUCCAGAAUCAGUGGAAGCAAGCUGGCAACAAUCAGCCUUUCACCCUCGAUGAUGUGCAGUAUAUGAUCUUCCACACACCCUUUUGCAAGAUGGUCCAGAAAUCCCUGGCUCGGCUGAUGCUCAGUGACUUCCUGUCAUCCAGCAGUGACACACAGAGCAAUUUAUACAAGGGGCUGGAGGCCUUCAGGAGUCUAAAGCUGGAAGAAACCUACACCAACAAGGAUUUAGAUAAGGCUCUUUUGAAGGCCUCUCUGGACAUGUUCAACAAGAAGACCAAGGCCUCCCUUUAUCUCUCCACCAACAAUGGGAACAUGUACACCUCGUCCCUCUAUGGGUGCCUGGCCUCACUUCUCUCCCACCACUCUGCCCAAGAAUUGGCUGGCUCCAGGAUUGGUGCCUUCUCCUACGGCUCAGGCUUAGCAGCGAGUUUCUUCUCAUUUCGAGUGUCCAAGGAUGCUUCUCCAGGUUCCGCUCUGGAGAACCUGGUAUCUAGUGUGUCAGAUCUACCCAAACGUCUAGACUCCCGGAGGCGCAUGUCCCCUGAGGAAUUUACAGACAUAAUGAACCAAAGAGAGCAAUUCUACCACAAGGUGAACUACUCACCACCUGGUGACACAGGCAACCUCUUCCCAGGUACUUGGUACCUGGAGCGAGUAGAUGAGAUGCAUCGCCGCAAGUAUGCCCGGCGCCCGGUCUAAAGGAGGCCAAUCCAUGCCACAGUUCCUGGGGGGAGGGAACCUGAGCCCAGCUGCUGCCCAGUGUCUGCUUAAAAUUCCACCCGCAGCUGUAAAUAACGAAUAGACAAAGUAGCCCCAUAGGAUCUGCUCCGAGGUGAAGGGCCGCCACCCUCAGUGGGUCCUUCGUGAGUAUCCCUGCCACAGGCUCAUGCUGCUGUGGACCAGGGCUCCCCUGUGAAGAGGGAGAUGGAAGGAAGGAGGAUCGCUGACCCCCAGUGGAAGCAGAUCAGAUGUCUUCUCCCACAUCCAGACAGACCCACCAUUUGUUACAACUUAUUAUCGGACUUCUCUGCUGUUAUGUUUUAUGCUCAUUUCUUAAAAGUUUCCUAAGAAUUUCUAAAUUUUGUAUCUUGUUCUAAAAUAAUAUAUGGCAAUUAAAAUGAGAGAAGAAAUGAUGUA